UAACAUGACCACAUCAAAUUUUCUUUUGGAUUCGAUUCCACCCAAAUUCACAAGGCGGUGCUCGCGGUUAGGGUAGUUUCCUCCGGUGGCGGUUUCCACAGCCAACCAUCGCGUUUUCCAUUCACUCGCUCAACAGUUAGUUUGUAUAGGAGGAAGUAAGCACUAGGUGGGGUUACUUAUAGCAUUUUGACAUUUCAUCCAGAUUUUCAAUGGGGAAAAAUGAUUUUCUCACACCUAAGGCAAUUGCCAAUCGAAUCAAAGCAAAAGGACUGCAGAAGCUUCGGUGGUAUUGCCAGAUGUGCCAGAAGCAAUGCCGAGAUGAGAAUGGGUUUAAAUGCCACUGCAUGAGUGAAGGGCACCAACGUCAAAUGCAAGUUUUUGGGCAAAACCCAACUCGGAUAAUUGAUGGCUAUUCUGAAGAGUUUGAGAAAACAUUCCUUGAGCACAUGAAGCGCAGCCACCGAUUCAGCCGCAUAGCUGCCACUGUCGUGUAUAAUGAAUACAUAAACGAUAGACACCACGUUCAUAUGAACUCCACUGAGUGGGCUACGCUUACUGAUUUUGUAAAGUACUUGGGUCGAACUGGCAAGUGCAAGGUUGAUGAAACACCCAAGGGAUGGUUCAUAACAUACAUAGAUAGAGAUUCAGAAACCCUUUUCAAGGAGAAGAUGAAGAAUAAGAGAAUCAAGGCAGAUAUGGCAGAUGAAGAAAAGCAAGAGAGGGAGAUAAUGAAACAGAUUGAAAAGGCUGAGCAAUUGAUGCAGCCACCCAAUUCUGAUUCUGAUCAGACUUCACUAGCUGAGCCUCCAAGGGAAUUUAAUGUAGAGGAUGGAGUUAAGAUAGGAUUUUCUCUUGGGACAUCGGCAAGACCUGGGACCAAGGAAAAACUUGAAGAAUCGAGGGUGACAUUUGAUGAGGUUGGUGAAGAGAAAAAUGAGGAAAGAAAGAAUGGAAACAAUUUGAAGAGGAAAGAAAUUGGUGGUGGAAAAUCAGCUUUGGAUGAAAUGAUGAGGGAUGAAGAGAAGAAAAAGGAGAAAAUGAACAGGAAGGAUUAUUGGUUGCAUGAGGGAAUUGUUGUUAAGGUUAUGAGCAAAGCCUUGGCAGAGAAGGGUUACUACAAGCAAAAGGGCGUAGUGCGGAAGGUGAUUGACAAGUAUGUUGGGGAAAUAGAAAUGCUUGAAAGCAAGCAUGUGCUUAGGGUUGAUCAGGUUGAACUCGAAACUGUGAUUCCACAAGUUGGUGGCCGUGUAAAAAUAGUCAAUGGGGCAUAUCGCGGAUCACUUGCUAGGCUUCUGGGGGUGGAUACAGAUCAUUUUUGCGCUAAGGUGCAGAUAGAGAAAGGUCCCUAUGAUGGUAGGGUCCUUAAAGCUGUGGAAUAUGAGGACAUUUGUAAAGUAGCCCAGUGAGUUUGAUCAGUGAUUCUAUAAGUUGCAUGAAUUGGAGUUUUGUUCUUAUGUACCACCUUCUUUUUAUAUAGAAAGGCCAUGUAACAGGUAUCAUUUUUGCUUGUUGUCUUUGGAAAUCAAACUGCAUGUCAUUUGAGUACUGUAAAAUGGACAUGUACUUCUCUUUUGUUUUUUUUGUUUUUUUUUUCUAUUGGCUAAAGGACCAAAAUUAAUUUGGACUUGGUUUUGACUAUAAGGAAUUAAAUCAAAUAUGUGCCUUUACAUGGUUUAA